AUGAACGUUCAGGUGUCUUUUGGUGAGAAUAUGUUGAUAGCGGUGGCGACGGGCACCGGAGCCUUCCUCUCACCACUGCUGCCGCCAUCGCCUCCUAAGAUAUCGUCCGGAAAAGGCAUUCAGUGCGCGAAACUGAGCGAAAUUCAAGGUUUAAUUACGGAAAGUAUUGCCAGAAAUCGUGAACACUAUAACAUCGCCGCCAAUACUAAUCAAUCACAAAACGGUGUUAAAGUUGAAGACAAAGACGAUGACAACGACGACUCCAGUGAUGUCUUAAUGGACAUCUGUACUAACCCUAAGAUAGAUCUAAAUAAUGGCAAUAAAGAAAGUUGUGUUCUUCUCGAAGUGGACGACACCGAAGACGCAGAUAUUAUAUCACUGAUGAUUGAUUCAGACGUCCCUAAAGGAUAUGAAGUGUGUAACAGUGAAGGACUGCCGGGAAUGCAGAGUCAAAUGGUAUGCAAUUUGCAGAUGUUUUCGCAGGUCUAUAGGGCUAAACUCACAUCAAUCAAACAAUUUGGACAUCAAUUUGAUUGGGUUAUACAGAGUCUAUUUGUUAAGUUUCGUCGAUUAAUUCCCUGCUGUUUAACUGAUUUGAAAUUCAGGGUAGAUUUACCCGAAGCAGACUUAGUACAAAUCACUGUUGUGGGCACCGCUAUCGGUAUCGGUCCGCCCAUCAAACCAAUCGCUAAGACCAUUAGAAAACAUACCGAGAGUGGUGAUACAGAACUCAUGUUCACUAUCGAUGCGAUCGGCGAACAAAAAACUACUGAACAAAACGUACAAAACAUAUCAUCCACGGGAGCGCCAUAUCAUACUGCAACCAAUGAACACUUUGGCAUAGAGUUAACUCCAUUGUCAUACGUGCCGAGCGGUCAAAUCGAUUGUUAUUUA